UCGAAGGCGAGCGUUUCUGUCUGUGAUCGUGCGGAAGGCAGCAGAACGUGUGGUGGCUUGAUUGUGUGGCGACAGGGGUGGCUGAGCGUGGGGAGGCUCAAUUGGAUGGUGACGGGGAUGGCUGGUGGGUACCGUCGCGAAACUCGAAUCGAUCGAACGUCUCUGUUUGUGAACGUGUGGAAGGCAGCAGGACGUGUGGUGGCUCAAUUGGAUGGUGACUGGGGUGGUUGCUGGCCUUUGUCGCCGCGGCCCCGGUCGAGAAAUGUCUCUGUCUGUGAACGUGCGGAAGGCAGCAGGACAUGUGGUGGCUCGUUUGGUUGGCGACGG